AUGGCACUAAUGAAGGUCAAGUUUGACCUGAAGAAGCGGGUGAAACUGGCCCAGUUCGUAUGGCUGAUGUACUGGUUCUCAGUGAUGGCAGGCGUGCUGGUCUUCAGCAUGGGGCUGUUCUUUAAGAUCGAGCUGCGUAAGCGCUCAGAGAUGAUGGACAACAACGAGAGCCACUUCGUUCCUAACCUACUAAUCGGCGUGGGGCUACUGGCCUGUGGGAUCAAUGCCAUGGGAGGCAAGAUCUGCUAUGACUCCCUGGACCCCAGCAAGUUUUCCAGGUGGAAGCCUAUGCUCAAACCCUUCCUAGUCUCCUGUGUGGUUUUCAAUUGUCUCCUGGUGCUGACGGCUCUGCUCUGCUUCCUUAUGAGGAUCCCUCUCCAGUUCACGCUGGCCGAGGGCCUGAAGAACGCCCUGAAGUUCUACAAGGACACAGACACGCCGGGACGCUGCUACAUGAAGAGAACCCUGGACCAGAUGCAGAUGGAGUUCCGUUGCUGCGGCAACAACAAUUUCAGGGACUGGUUCGAGAUCCAGUGGGUCAGCAAUCGCUACUUGGACUUCAGUGCCAAGGAAGUAAAAGAUCGUAUCGGCAGCAACGUGGAUGGGAAGUACCUGAUGGAUGCUGUUCCAUUCAGCUGCUGUAACCCCGGCUCCCCGCGGCCCUGCAUCCAGUACCAGGUGACCAACAACACGGCCCACUACUCCUACGACCACCACACCGAGGACCUGAACAUCUGGAAACGGGGCUGCCGCGACGCUCUGAUUUCCUACUACGGAGGCAUGAUGAACAGCAUAGGAGCCCUGGUGCUGCUGGUCACUAUUCUGGAGGUUAUUGUGAUGAUCGGCCUCCAGUACGUGAAUACCUCCCUGUCUAACCUGGCCAACCCAGAGGACCCAGAGUGUGAGAGCGAAGGCUGGAUCCUGGAGAAGACAGUGAAGGAGACGUUUACUGACAUCAUGGACAAGAUGAAAGCCAUGAGUAAAGGCAAUGCAGUGGACGAGGCUGGAGUGGAAGGUGUCGCCACGGGCAGCUGA